GCCGCCGCCGCUCGUGCCGUCGUGUGCCGCGCGACCAUGCGCACGCCGCACCCCCCACCCCACAACCCCGGCGGACACGAGCCCCGAUCUUCUAACUCUAAUGUAUAAACGCGAAUACAGGUGAGCGAAUACAGGUUUUUCGAGUGAAACUUUCUAUGUGAACCUAUUGAACUUUGUGACCGAGAUCGAUAUUUUGUCGGUGGCAGUAACAAUCGGAAAUGGCGUCAUCGAUCUGCAAAUAGUGAGGGCCGCGUGGCGAUGGGCCGGGCGUGGUAGCGGGUGACCGGCAUGGAGGAGGACGAGCGACGGCUCUCGUUCCCGCCGCCGGCGCCGCUCAACUCGCCCGGCGAAGAGAUCGACGGUUCCCGGCUCCUCGGGGAGAUAGUUCGGACGCUCGAGGCGACCAACCCGGAGGCGGCGGCUCCUCUGGUCGCCUCACAGUCGCGGGAUGCGCUGGACGCGGAGUGCGAGAAGCCGCGGCGAGAGGAGCUUCGAAUCCCUUUGGAUGGCGUCACGUUCUCGAGCGAGACACGGGAGAAGGGCGGCGGGGGCACGCGCGAGGAGCCUCGCGCCGCCGUCACGCCGUUCACGCGCGAGUCGGCGCGGAGAGCGGGCUCGCGCGGCGCCCAGCUCGUGCGCGAGUUCGGCUUCAUGCCGCGCCGCCGGCUCAGCGUCGAGGACGGCGCGCGCCUGCCCAGGAAGUACGAACCCUUCCCGCCCAAGCUGUACGGACGACCGCUCGAGGAGAUCGACAAUUUUAUAUACGAUGAGACAUUCUGUGUGGUGUCGAAGCGGUUCCGUAAGAACUACAUCCACCGGUUCACGGCGACGCGGUCGCUGUUCUGGUGGUCGCCGUGGUCCCCCGUGCGCCGCGCAUGCGUGUACUUGUCCACCAAUCAGUACUUUGAUUACUUCGUCAUGGCCACUAUACUGUUCAACUGCGUCUUCCUGGCCAUGUCGGAGACUAUUGAGGAAGCUGAGUACAUAUUCCUGGCGAUCUACUCGGCGGAGAUGAUAAUAAAGUGCAUAGCGAAGGGGUUUAUACUGAACAAGUACACGUAUCUACGGAAUCCGUGGAACUGGCUGGACUUCGUGGUGAUCACGUCGGGGUAUGCCACCAUUGGCAUGGAGGUGGGCAAUCUCGCUGGCCUGCGGACCUUCAGGGUGCUGCGGGCACUCAAGACUGUCUCCAUCAUGCCUGGUCUGAAGACCAUCAUCAACGCACUGCUCCAUUCCUUCAAGCAGCUAGCCGAGGUCAUGACCCUGACGAUAUUCUGUCUGAUGGUGUUCGCGCUGUUCGCGUUACAGGUCUACAUGGGGGAGUUGAGGAACAAGUGCGUGAAGAAUUUUGUGCCCGUGCCGGGGGAAAAUUUCACCGACGACGUUUGGCUGCAAUGGAUAAGGGAGCCUUCUCACUGGAUGGUGAACGACGAGGAGAUUCCUAUCAUCUGCGGCAACCUGACGGGCGCCAGGCACUGUCCCCCCCAGUACACGUGUCUCUGUGUCGGCCCCAACCCAAACCAUGGCUACACAAACUUUGAUAACUUCCUAUGGUCCAUGCUCACCACGUUUCAACUGAUCACUCUGGAUUAUUGGGAGAAUGUGUAUAAUAUGGUGCUGUCGUCGUGCGGACCGAUGUCCGUCUCUUUCUUCACAGUGGUGGUGUUCUUCGGGUCGUUCUACCUCAUCAACCUGAUGUUGGCUGUGGUGGCGCUCAGUUAUGAAGAAGAGUCGCAGAUCACACAAGAGGAAAGAAAGAAAGACUUGAAUGAGCACAGAGACGACUCGACGUUCAGCUUCGACCCCACCUCCCUAGCCGUGCGCACGCUGGCCAAGGACUCGAAGAAGCGCAUCGACGCCAGAAAGGGGUUGCUAUUGGCCUCCUACUCUAGGAAAAGGACCAGAAGACGCAAGAGAGGCAAGAGCGCGAUACAUCACGCGGCCGCGGUGGCUGCAGUCGCUGAAAGGUCGAGAUCUCGGUCGCGGUCGAGGUCAGUGACCCCAAGUGCAUCGCCCCCCCUCCUGCCGCCGCCGCUGCCCCCGCCGCCGCCCCACACACUGCAUCCCGACAACGCUUUAGUAAAUGAUAUAGGACGCGGCGCACUAAGCGCUGCAGGCCGGCAACUGAGCGACCACAGCAAUAACCGAGAGUCGUCGCUGGACGAUUCAGGAGUGGUGGACGACCAUGACGACGGCGAGCACACGUCUGAUGACCAGGCGCCGCAGCACCACCCGCGGAGGCAUCACGUGCCGCUGCUGAGCCAUCAGUUGCCGAUGCCAAUGAUACAGCAGAUACAGGAAAGUCAAACAGUGGCGAUAAAGCCAAAGAAUAUAACGAAACAAGAAAAGCAGGAUAAGCCACAAGAAAAACCGAAGAAAUGUGAAAAGAGCAGCAUCCAGGAGAAGUAUCCACUGAAUCCAGACUACCUCAAUCAGAUCGUGGUGCUAGGGGCGGACUGGCCAUACAAGCGCGCGCCCGACCUCCCGCAAACGGAGACGACGAAAAUUAAUGAGAUCAGUUUAUUGGCAGCAACGCACAAAACUCAUAUGGGCAAUUUUGAGCAAAAUUGCACUUACUUCACAGAUGAGCUUGUGGAUAGAAACUGUGAAUGCUGCGUGUCUUGCUGCAUAGACUAUGAAGGCUGGCUCCAGUUUCAGAACUGCUUGUAUGGGAUCGUGAAAGAUCCGCUCUUUGAGUUGUUUAUCACAACUUGUAUAGUUCUCAAUACACUAUUCCUGGCUUUAGAGCAUCAUGGAAUGAGCGAGAACGUACGACAGGCCUUAGAUAUAGGAAAUAAGGUGUUCACGUCAAUAUUUACUUUAGAGUGUAUGAUGAAAGUGAUGGCGAUGAGCAAAGACUUCUUCGCCUGUGGCUGGAACAUAUUCGAUUUGAUUAUAGUAUCUGCAAGCCUUUUAGAUCUUAUAUUCGAGCUCGUUGAUGGCCUAUCCGUGUUAAGAGGCCUUCGUUUGUUGCGUGUGUUAAAACUAGCUCAGUCGUGGACUACAAUGAAAGUGUUGUUGAGUAUUAUAAUAUCGACAAUCGGUGCUCUCGGUAAUUUGACGUUCGUGUUAGUGAUAGUUAUAUACAUAUUCGCUGUGAUCGGCAUGCAGUUGUUCUCCAAGUCGUACACGCCGGACAAGUUCGAACCCGAUCCUGUGCCAAGGUGGAACUUCAACGACUUCUUCCACUCGUUCAUGAUGAUAUUCCGGAUAUUGUGUGGCGAGUGGAUCGAGCCACUCUGGGACUGCAUGAGGGCGGAACAGGCCAGCGGUGCCGAAAGCUGCUUCUUUAUAUUCCUGCCUGCGCUCGUCAUGGGGAACUUCAUGGUGCUCAACCUCUUCCUCGCCUUGCUGCUCAAUAGCUUCAACAGUGAGGAACUUAAGAAUAAGAAAGAGGAAGUAGGAGAGGAUUCAAAAUUAGCUAAAAGUUUCGAUAGAAUACGUUCCAUAGUAAGAAAAAAGGGUUUCCUUAUAUCGAGAAGUAAAGAGACUGAAAAAAAAUCUAAGUUAGAAGAGCUAGUUAACGAAUUUAUGGCGCAGCAGCGCGCCGAGAAGGAGAAGAAGGUAUCUAUACCCAGCGAACAGCGAUUCUCGGCGUCCAUACAGGAAACCAUACUGUUCCCUCAUGACAAUAUUUAUAGCCAUAGUUACCAAGAAGCUUUAAAUAGGCCAAUAUCAGUAGGAUCAGAUUUCGCGUACCCGCAACUUUACCAAGCGAACUUCAACCACGGGAGUCAGGAGACCCUGAAGGACGUCAGGGACUUGGCAGCAGAGCACAAAAUUACUAGCAUCAGGGAAGAUUCGAAGGAAAAUCUAGAAGAUACGUCGCCUACAGAACCAGUCGUAGCUCAGAAACUUUUGAAUCAGAUGUCUUCUGGAUACCACACGCAGCCAUCUGAUUCAAGAGAUGAAAACGAACACUACGAAAUGGCACAGCUGUCCAGCAGAACGACCCCAGAGAGAAGACAGUACGGGAAGGACACACCAAAUAUUAUAAGUAAGGAAGCCGCAAAACGCCCCGAUGAAGAACAAAUGAGGCAUCCGUGGCAAACUUUAGUCUCAUAUGUAGAUGAAUUAACCGUAGGUGGGAGAAAAAACUCCAAGGGCCAAUACGUUGACGCGAUGGGAAACUUUCCGGGAUUUGGAAAAGCCAAAGAGCCCAAGGUUCCGCAGGACUGCUACCCCCGCCAGUGUUACGAUGCAUGUCCAUGCUGGGACUCAUGUAUCGAAACAAAGAUGGGUCAGCGCUGGAUGCUGCUCCGUACUUUCAUCCUCCGUUAUGUUGACACGCCUGCCUUCGAGUGGUUCGUGCUAGUGCUAAUAUUUGCAUCCAGUAUAACCCUAUGUUUCGAAGAUAUCCAUCUUGAGAAAAACAAACCGUUGAAGAAAAUAUUAUACUGGACCAACCUUGGUUUCUGCAUGAUCUUUGUCGUGGAAAUGUUUCUCAAGUGGAUUGCCUUGGGGUUUUUCAGAUAUUUUACGAGUUUUUGGACUUUAUUAGACUUUACUAUAGUUUUCGUAUCAGUUUUUAGUUUAUUAAUAGAAGAGAAUGAAAAUUUAAAGGUACUAAGGUCUUUGAGAACAUUGCGUGCUUUGAGACCAUUGAGAGCGAUAUCCCGGUGGCAGGGGAUGCGCAUCGUGGUAAACGCGUUAAUGUACGCGAUACCGAGUAUCUUCAAUGUUUUGUUAGUUUGUUUAGUGUUUUGGUUGAUUUUCUCCAUAAUGGGAGUGCAGUUUUUUGGCGGGAAGUUCUUCAAAUGCGUCGACAAUGAAGGAGAACUUUUACCUUUAGAGAUAGUAAACGAUAAGUGGGAGUGUUAUUAUAACAACUUUUCUUGGAUAAAUUCCAAGAUAUCUUUUGAUCAUGUGGGGAUAGCUUACUUAGCUUUAUUUCAAGUCGCGACCUUCGAGGGCUGGAUGGAGGUUAUGGCUGACGCGGUAGACGCCAGGGGCGUCGACCUGCAGCCAGCGAGAGAAGCCAAUUUGUACGCUUACAUUUAUUUUGUGAUAUUCAUCGUGUGCGGAUCAUUCUUCACCCUCAAUCUAUUCAUAGGAGUCAUCAUUGACAAUUUUAACAUGCUCAAGAAAAAGUACGAAGGCGGCGUUUUAGAAAUGUUCCUAACCGAAAGCCAAAAGCACUACUACACAGCCAUGAAGAAACUGGGUAGAAAGAAGCCCCAAAAAGUCAUAAAGAGACCAAGGAACCAGUUUUUAGCUAUGUUCUAUGACCUGUCGAACUCAAGACGGUUCGAAAUAGCAAUAUUUGUGCUCAUUUUCUUAAAUAUGCUGACGAUGGGCAUCGAACAUUACGACCAGCCACAUUCUGUGUUCUUUAUUUUGGAAGUUAGCAAUGCGUUUUUCACGACUGUUUUUGGAUUAGAAGCAAUAGUGAAAAUAAUAGGACUCCGCUAUCACUACUUCACGGUGCCGUGGAACGUAUUCGACUUCUUACUAGUCCUGGCUUCAAUCUUAGGCAUUCUAAUGGAAGACAUCAUGAUCGACCUGCCCAUAUCACCUACGCUGCUGAGGGUGGUUCGAGUAUUUCGCAUUGGGAGAAUUUUAAGACUGAUUAAAGCCGCUAAAGGCAUUAGGAAGCUACUAUUCGCACUGGUAGUGUCACUGCCAGCGCUUUUUAACAUCGGUGCCUUGCUUGCGUUGAUCACGUUCAUCUACGCCAUUAUCGGCAUGUCUGUUUUCGGGCAUGUAAAGGAGCAGGGCGCCUUGGAUGACAUAGUCAAUUUCCAGACCUUUGGAAGGAGCAUGCAGUUGCUUUUUCGUCUGAUGACAUCCGCUGGUUGGAACGACGUUCUGGAAUCUCUAAUGAUCCAGCCACCAGAAUGCGAGUUAGGAGAAAUUGGGCACCUCAAUGGCAACUGCGGGAGUCCGCUACUUGCCAUAACUUACUUCACUUCCUUCAUCAUCAUCAGCUACAUGAUCGUUAUCAACAUGUACAUCGCUAUUAUACUCGAGAACUUUAACCAAGCACACCAAGAAGAAGAAAUUGGAAUCGUUGAAGAUGAUUUAGAAAUGUUCUACAUUCGAUGGUCUAAGUAUGAUCCCCAUGCAACACAAUUUAUAAGUUUCGUUCAACUAUCAGACUUCAUAGCAUCUCUUGAUCCCCCACUAGGUAUUUCUAAACCUAAUACAGUAGCCCUCGUCAGCUUCAAUCUUCCUAUAGCUAAAGGCAAUAAGAUACAUUGUUUAGAUAUCCUUCAUGCAUUGGUCAAACAUGUGUUGGGACACGUGGAAGAGACAGAUACCUUCAGACAACUGCAAGAACAGAUGGAUAUUAAAUUUAAGAAACAAUUCCCAACAAGGAAAGAAUUGGAGAUAGUGUCUUCAACAAGAAUAUGGAAGCGAGAAGACAAGGCGGCAAGAAUGAUUCAAAGGACUUGGAGAGAAUAUGUGAAACGGAAAAACAGAAGUCCAUCAAAUGAGGAAGAAAGCACGAAAUGGUCUCCUGGAGGUGGCUGGGGUGGACGUUUAAGCGCACUGUUACAUGUAAGACGAGGGUCUCACGCGUCAAGUCGGAAAUCUUCUCGAGCUUCGGAUGCCUCUGACCUAAGCGAGUUGGGAGGAGCGUGGCUCAACUUGCCUUUACUCCUUUUGCCGGGGGCAAACCCUGGCGAUCAGGUGGCGAGCGGUUCCGAAACAGCCCCGCCUCGUAGGCGGUCGGCGUAUGGUUUGCCAAUAUUCCUACGCCAUCAAGACGCAGUCGACGAAGACGGAGGCCCGAAACGCGCAGGUUCCCUUCGUCUGAGUUCGCGGCGGAAUUCUGCUCGUCGAGCUGGACCAGGACCGCCGGGUUUGCCACCACGGCCACGUACACCUUCACCGCACGCCAACAGUGAAGUGAGCAUUCUAGUGACCGAGGCUUCUCCAGACGCUGCCCCUCCCCCCGCCGCCCCGCCUACCGUCGUGCGCGUGCUCGUCCACCGAGAGAGCGAUGAACAACCCAGCUGAUCAACACCCGAUGAGCCUGAGGCUCCCCCCAUUUAGUUACCCCUCGAACAUUAAGUGUCAAAAUCUACUCGUCAAGAGUUAUGUGUUCACGCACGCACGGCAUUCGAGUGAUACACCGGACGGUUAAGUUCGAUUGUAAUUUUGUGAUUUUAAUCUUAAAUUAGGUAGUUUACCCACUCGAUAGAGAAGAUAAAUAGACGUCUUAGUUUUGGUUAAAGACGUUAAAGUUGGCGCUUUAUAGAUGCGUAAUUGCGUAAAAAAGUUUUAUAGAUGCGUAAUUGUUAUUUUCUCAUAAGCUAGCUUUAGUUUUUCGCGUAACGUAGACAAGUUAUCGCUGUUGUUUUUUUUUACUAAAACUAAAUAAUGUCUAUUUAUCUGCAAUCUAAUACGCGAAAACAGGACACCGGGAACUUCCAGAUACAUUGCAAUAAAUAUUGAUUAUCUACGUUAAAAUGUAUCUUAACAUGGUAAAUAAAAGCGAAGAUUCGAGUGCGUAAAUAUCAAGUUUUGAGUUAUAUUUAAGACUAUUUAAUAUUUUAAAUAAGUAAGAUGAACAAAUAAAGAGUAAUUUGAAUAUUAUUCGACUCGUCGCCCAGUUACUUCAUAAUUACCUAUAAUAUUACUAUUAUUUGAAGAAACGCUUGACUUGAAAUAAAACAAAUUGGAACGCUCUGGAAUGAUCGGUCUCAAAUAUGGUUGUAAAUAGUUUUAGCUAUAUGAGAACGACUGAUUCGUCAUCUUAGCUCGAAACUAGAUAGGAAAUGAAACGAUGAAAUGCUUAAAUCAUUAACGUAUAGCGCUUAUUAUGAUCCAUGCGUAUUCUCUAUAAAUUUAUGCGUAACUUCGAGUUGUAAUAAUAUAAUUUUCUACAGUUAAUAUUGUUUGUACAUGUAAUUUUGUUUUAUGUAAUAAUAUGCAGAAAAUAUGAUUAUAUUCUAUGUAUAGUUGAAUAAAAUUAUGUAAACCAUUCAAUAGAAUCAUCCCUGUAGAAAUACUGUGUGAACAAACAAUAGUAUAGUAGGGUUACGAUACGAUAACAACCCGAUUGCCUCUCGACGUAGUACAGCUAGAUUUAAACAUUGCCUUCUUCCGUUAAGUAACAAAAUAAUUUCAUCGUCUAAUAUAACUAUCACAAUGAAAUAAUUCAAUGUAUUUUAUAAGGCACAAUAUAGCCCCAUAUCUAAAAAUGGUAUAAACUGAUAGUUGGUAGUACAUAGAAAUGUGAUACUGUAAUCAAGAGAUCAUCAAUGUAAAUAAGUUCUCGUUAACAACAAAGCAACAUUUAAUGCGGCAAUAAAGCAAUUUAAUGUCAUAAAUAAAUAUAUUAACAAAACCAAAUUAUGCAUGUUCCUCAGAUGAUAUUAAUUUUUUUAAGAAAAAUUAUCUUGAAAAUUUCUCGCAAGAAUUAAAUUUAACUUAACAAUAAGCAGCCCAUAUAUCUAACUGUAAGUUUUACGUCAAAAUCACAACGUAUGACACAACGUAGUAAUCUGUAAAAUUGGGUUGCAAUAACGAAGUUACGUGUAUUUAACUUAAAUGAAUUGAUCAUGAUAUUAAACCAAUCUGAUUUAUUUAUUCCUGUGAGAUGUAAUUAGAUAUUGAAAAUGAAUUUAUAGAGUCAAUUUUCGCUUUAAUACAUAAAAUUAUUUACGUUUAAUUAGUACAAUUAGCUUAGUAUUUAUUUAGAUUUAGGAAUCGGUGAUUUCUGUAAAUGCUUAGAGGCAAUCACGUAUGAUUGGCAGAUGUUUAAGGUGCGCAUUACACCUAUAUUCCCACGAUUAUUUUCCAAAGCGUUUUUUAAAGUAAUGUACUUUUGAACUUUUGGACUGAGCGUGUCGAACUUUAUUAGCCUAAAAAAGUUUUUAAACUAUUAAAGCGUGUCUAGUGAAUGAAAAAUAAAAAAUCUUGAAAAGUAAGUAUUCAAAGUAGGUGUACUUUUGGUUAAUACGGGAAAAGUUUAAAACACAAAUAACAUCUGUAUCCGUUAUGUCCAAUGAGCUGUACUCGGCCUUUCAUUUAAAACCAGUACGCUGAUAGCAUGGUUUUUUUAAGAAACCGCACCACACUGCCAUGUCUAUUUGCAGGCGCGCUUGGAAGCAUUAAAAAUGUCUUUGUUUAGCUGAAGAGAAUGAAGAAUUAUAUGUAUUGAUGUUGGAAAUAAUAGCAAAAUGCCUUCAAAUUAGAUUUAAUGUUCAUAUCGCUCAAGGCGGAUAUAAAUAUGUUUCUCCACUAUAAUAAUUCGCACAAAUAUUUUUUAUUAGAUUUAUUUACUAUUCGUUAUUCAUUACUACUUAAUUGUAAAAGACAAUAUAAUUCGAUUUUAAGAUAUCGAUGUCAUAACAUUGUUUUGAGACGGCUUAUUGGCCCCGAGAUAUCAAGCUAUGGAUAUGGUCAAGUGUCCAUUUCUUUUCUUGAAAACAAUUUAUUUAAAUAUUUGCUUGUAUAUUUUUAACUUUGGAAUAUUUCGCCCGUCCACGUAAUCUUUCAGUUGAAUUAUAGAAUAUUAGAAUUAGCUACCAUUAUAUAAAAAAAAUUAACUACACAUAGUGCUUAUAAAAUGUUUUUUUUUAUUAUUUAAAAUAAUAUGUAAGAAUAAAAAUGUAUUAUUUUUCCAAAAAAAAGUACAAUUAUAGUACGCGUUAUAUAUAACAUUUGCAUAAAAGGGUUUCUUUAAAAAUAUCUACUUUAUUCUAUUUAGCAUACCAAUAUAUAAAAAACUAGUGAAAAGAUUUUAAAAAAAUACUUACGCAUAUACUUCUAAUAAAUAAUCUAUUCACUCGCGGUAGAAGUGCCCUCAACUGAAAAAGAACAUUACUAAGAACCAUUCGUUCUAGAUUUUAAAAAUUAAAUUUUAUUUCGACGGGAUUACAUUUUAAGUUUGACGAACAAAAUAUUUGCUAGGUUCUUCCUUGCGACUGUAAAUUAGUCAAUGCAUUAGUUCCCUUAUCUCAAUAGGGUCACCAUUCGCGACGGUGUACCAAUCAGUAGGUAUAGUUAUAGAUCCUACCUAUAUUUUCUCAAUUUAGUAAGGACCAAAAUGUCGAUUGAUUUACAAAUUUUAUCUCGAUUUUAAUACUCGAUCCUGACCAAACCUCUUUUUAAAUUAUUUGUAUGUAGAUAUUUUCGAAGCCUGUUUCAAAUUAUUCUAGACUUAUAGGAGCAGACGCGAAUAUUACUCUUUGUACCACUUCGCUUUAUGACAAAUUUUACACAACUUGCUUUGGAUUCAACCCUUUGAUAAUUCAAUAAACAAACUGCUAUCACUACGUAUUGAAAUUUUUAAACAAAAAAAUAAUAACGUUGUUCUGAUAGUAUAGAUUCUCAAAUAUUGUUCUUUAUUAUGUAAAUAGGUAAAAAAGAAGAUGCAAUAAUUUUUCAUAAUUUUAUCUAUAGUUACUUAUGUCUUAAAAAGGUUGUUAGAAAAUACUUUAAAACUCUAAAAUUUAUGUACGAUGUACAUGUAAAACUAUGGUAGUUAGUAAAAUUGCAAUAUUUAAAGCAUGUGUUGGCAUGAUUCGGAGAUAAUUUGUAACAUAUGUUUAAAUUGUAUUAUAUGUAAAUAAAAACUUUUAAGUGAGACCUGCGAAAUAUGAUUUUCUUCCGAGGUACAAAAUAUGAAAUUAACCAUGUUGAAAACUAUGAUUAAACGAAAAUAUAGCA